GGCCUACAGGGUAACAAAGCCGCCAUUUUUACUCAGGUCUCAUUCAGCCGCGAACCGAAGCAAAAUGGCGCUUGUAACCGGUUGUAUCAAGUCUUUACGACCAUGGUUCAUUAUGAUUUUGAUAUUCUUGGUCUUCUUUCUCGUAUAUGUUACCUCUACAGAAGAUAACGGAGUUACCUCUAACGAGAAUUCUAAUGAUUUUGCGGAGUUUGAGCAAGAGGGCGAGGAGGAAGAAGAGGACGUUUCUGAUGCAGAACCGCAACAGGAAUCUAAUUCUCCUCAAACCGGUCAGCCACCAAACAAUAAGGAAGAGCCCCAAGAAGAGGAAAAAGAUGAGGAAGAGACAUCUAUUGAGUCCGAGGAGCCAGAGCCUGAGGAGUAUGACCAUUUCACAGAUGAAGAAGAAUUUGAGGGUUACCACAAAGGGGAAAAGCCUGUUAAAGGGAAACCAGGACCACAACCCGACUUGAAGAUAGAGAAAGUUCCUCUUCAUCUGCGUGCUAAUUGGGAAGGCUUCUAUGUUGAGAUCUUGACCCUAGCUGGGCUUGCUGCUUAUGCUUUAAAUUUCUUUGCUGGGCGAACAAAGAACUCAAAGCUAGCAACUGCUUGGUUGAAAUCUCAUAAGGAAUUACUUGAAAGUAACUUUCACAUUGUUGGUGAUGAUGGCCAAGCAGAAGAACCACAGCAAGGCAUCAUGGUCAAGGAAAGUGAGAGCCUCUACUCACUUUGGUGCACUGGUCGAACUGGCUGCAACGGCAUGCUAGUGGAAUUGAAGCUGCAAAAGAGACAUGACUUGGUCAAUGUGAUGUCUUACCUUGUCAAGCCAGUCAAGGACAGUAUUACUGUGACAGUGCACAUGACUGAUGAGGAGAUGGACAACUUUGUGUUUGCUAUUGUCCCAAAGAAGACUGUCAGCAAAAUGCAGAAGGAGCUUCAGGACUUGAGUUUCUUCUGUCCUGACAAGAAGAGUGGUGCUAAGUAUGAUCUCCCUGCAUCACUGGUCAUCCUUAGUGAAUCUAAUGAGGUUGCAAACACAUUACUCACUCAACAGGUGACCAAAGCCAUAUCCAACCAUGAAGACAUGUUCGAGUCUCUGUUGUUCUCAGAUCAGUAUGUGGGGCCCAAGCAGGAAGAUGAAGACCAAGCUGCAGCCAAGCCAUUGAAGCCCAAAAAAGUUUUGAUUUUUAAUUUUACAGUGGCAUCAAAAGGCAACACCAAGGUCCAAGACAUGGCUCGCCUGGAAUCUAUGAUGAAGCUGGUCUUGCAUUGUAUCGACAGAGUCCGGAAGUUCCGUCUUGGCAAAGAGGCACGAGCUAAGGCUGAUAAGAACCGUCGUGAGUUAGAGGAGAAUCUCCUAAAGCAGACGCAUCUCCAACGGCAAGAGGCCGCCCAACUGCGUCGGGAAGAGAAGCGGCGUGCGGACAAGGAGCGCAUGAUGGCAGAGGAUGAUCCCGAUCGACAGCGGCGUCUCGAGGAGCGCGUCAACAAAGCAGAGGCCAAGAGACGAAACCCGUUCAAGAUCAAGCAGAUAAAAGCCCGUGGCUAAUGAAGCCUCCUUUUAUCUUGUUCCAUAAUCCACUAAUGGAUCUGUUAUUUUUAUGUUUAUUUUAAGGCUUGCUGUGGGUUAUUUACCAGCGCUUUACCAUCACAAGAAAAUCUUAUUUUCUCACCAAUGCCAAACAAAGUUUCUUCAUUUCUUAAUAUAAUUAGCUUAUCUACCGUGCUCAAGAAGGUGAUGUUCUGAUAGGCAUAAAACGGAAUAAGGGAGUGUUCAAUACACCGAGGGGGGGGGGGGGGGGGGGGAGGAGGGAAUGUUUUCACUCAAGAGACCUUUUAAAUUCUAGAGCCCCCCGUUUCAUUGUACACAAUUCUUUCGGUGCCCCCCCUUUCAGAACCCCAAAAUUUUCAGACCUCCCCCCUUUACGAUCUCGAUAAACAAAAAGGUCUUUAAAUCUGGAAAAAAAAUACUGCGAAGUUGCAAAAGGUCUUUAAAUCUGGAAAAAGAAUACUGCGAAGUUGCCCUCCUUGCCCAAGUUGGUGAUGAUCCAGUCAAGUUCAUCAUUGUUUCAGAGUCUGACAUCUUUUCUUUACAACUUUCGGUUUCGGCCCUAAUACUUUUAUAAUUUUUUUUGCAUGUAAAAUCGUGUAAUUUUUUUUCCAAAUCACCCCCCCCCCCCUCCCCUCAAAAGUCAAAUGGUCCGCCCCUGAGGACGCCUGUGAAGGAGUAUGCAUUUUUAUAGAUUUGUUUUUGUUAAGAAUAUUUUUCUGUAUAAAAAAGGAUAAUGUCCAAUGUAUAGUCUAAAAUACAGUAUGUAUACGUAUCGUUUUGUGGAUUUGCAGGCUCCACCACUGUUAAGAAGUUUAUUUCCAUUUUUUCCUGUUUAAGUGUUUUUCAAAAUCCCUUGCAACAAAAUGUAGUUGUUAAAGUGUAAUAGUCAAGCCAAAACAACAGUGUAUUAGUACUAAAUAAACUAAAUAGUAUUUCAAGGGUUUUUGAAAACCACUCUAACUGAUACUAAACUGUAUCGGUAAAUCUAACUGUUAUAUACUGUUAUAGCUGGAAGUAUCUUUAUUAUGGUCUAUAAAGACAAAAGUAUAAAACACAUUGGUAGAGUGGUUUUCAAAACCCCGUGCAACAAAAUGUAACUGGUAAAGCGUAAUAGUCAAGCCAGAACAAAAGAGAACAAAGACCUUACAGUGUAUUAGUACUAAAAAAACUAAAAUAGUAUUUCACGGGUUUUCGAAAACCAAGUUGAGAAGUACGGCUUCUAAAAAAUUCAGAGCCCCCCCUUUGAAGGACCUUUUUUUUUCGUAGCUCCCCCUUUUGGUGGUUAAAAAUGUUAGGAGCCCCCCCCCCCCUCAAUAUCCCCCCCCCCUUCCCCCUCGGUGUAUUGAAUGAACACUCCAUAAGAGCGACUUUGAUAACAACAUUUGAUGAUUGAACUUAAAUAUGUUCCUAUUGUUGACUCCAACUCAUGCAGAAUAUUUAUUCACAUUCAAUCGUGAGUUCUCCGAUCGUUUGGAUCGCUCAUGAGAAUCACUGAUCGCCCCGGGGAAAACUUGUUGUUAAUUGUUUUCUCUGCGGCAAAACAAUGAGUCAAGCAUUUUAAUGUUUUCUUAUUUUCAUACCAACUAAAGCAGUUAUACAUUAUGUGAAGGUGGUUAGGUUAUUUGAUGUUCUGAACUAUGUUGAACAGAACAUUUUUUCAAUAAAUUUAAACAAUGCCUCCUCAA